CGAUCGAUCAUCCAUACAUUUCUCGCGGAGGACUUCGGCGACCAAGUUAUGAAUCGGAACUUGUUACCUUAGACCUGAAAAAUUAUUUUUCAUAUACUUAUAUGUUUUGUGAUCAAAAAUUGCUGUCGCGCGCAAUAUUUGAACCGAGCUAGCUACUUUUAAACUCCAUUCUUUCGUUUAAAGCCAGAGUGUGCCGUUCGUCAUGUUGAUAUACCUGUGCGUAAAAAAUUAAAGCUCAGUUGAAGGAACAUUUUUCAAAUAAUAUAACAGAGAGCAGAGCGUUGUUUCCUUACAAUACGGUGCGGAUUUACCCUUGCAAAUAAAUGUGCUUAACGAUGUAGAGUGGUCCCAUAACGGAUUUUUUCCUUCAGUAAUUUCGAAACUUUUUCCUUCAGUUUCAUUUUCCUAUGGAUAUCUUCGCUGGACAACUAAAAAACCGCUGCUAAAUGUUUUUAGAAUGUGAUUAGGUAGAUUUGUGUUUUGUGUGGAGACUUUGGCAUCAGACAUGUGGGAUUCUAUACUGUAUACCUGCCUUUGUGUACUUCUCUUGGGAGGACAGGUGACGGAAUCAAGCAGCCUGGACAUUGGUCCAAGAGCCAAGAGAAAGUGUGAAGAAGCUAACAAAUCUUGCUCGAAAGAGGAGGUUUGUGCCAUCCAGCAUUUGCAAUGGCCAAUGAAUAUGUCGUUUCCGGUGUGUGUGCCUGCAAAGUAUGUUAGAGUAAAAAUGAGAAUCUGCGAUCUUCCCCCUCAACCAGGGGACUGUGGAGCCCGAUAUCAGAGAUGGUUCUACAAUAAAAACAUCAAAGAAUGCAUGAUAUUCUCCUUUCAAGGUUGCCGAGGCAACCAGAAUAACUUUCGAAGCAAGGAAGAAUGUGAAGAAAACUGCAUUGCAUAUUUUGACAAAAACAUGAAGAAAAGUGUGUCGAACUUUCAGCCUGUUCGAAGUCCACGAAUUGUGACUGAGCAAUUUGUGAAAGAUCAGGCAGUAAUCAGCACGAGCCCCCUAGUGCGAUCUAGAGCGACAGAUCCACACCAGAAGGAGCUCCGAAGAAAGCGAAGACUCGAGAGGAAAAAGUUGAGACAGCUUAAGAGAGACAGAAAGAACGGGAAGAAAAAGCGAAGGCGCAGUGGGAAAGGAAAGAAGAGGAAGAACAGAAACAGGAAGAAUAAGAAAAAUAAGAAGAAGAGGAGGAAGAGCAAGAAAAACAAAAGGAGAAAGAAGAAGUUAAAACCAACGAAUGAUAGACCCGAAAUCGAUUUGUCUAAUACGGAUACAAAAUCAAAAUCUAAUGGAGCGCCAGACUUUGAACUUAUCUCUAUCCUAGAUAAGACAAAGGAUACCAUGAAGUCAAACAUUGAAAAAAUUAAAGCUGAAGCUGACACCCAGAAGGAUUAAUUAUUCCUGUCGAACUAAUGAUAUGAAAACGUGUUUAACUUUAUGUGACCAAAACCAAAAUUAAAAAAAAAAAGGUCAUGUUAUCACAAUCAUCUUUGCGAUGAUUGGAAGAAAUUGAAUCACGUGACUGCUGAGCACGACAUGACAAAAGUUUGACCUACAUGUACUUUAUGCAUUUUGUGGUGAGACAAAGUGGUAAAUACAUGUAUUUUUACCGUUAUUACGUGGUAUUUGAUGUUUCAUCCUGUGUCCUCUUCCAGUUACCGGCACCACCUUAUGCCAGUAUAUAUUUUACAUUGUAAAAUUAAAUGUUUUAUAUCAAUGUAUUUAAUAUUUGCAUGGACACGAUUAGAUGUCCAAUGUUUUCGUUAUGAUAAUUUUAUUCUGAUACAAAGAAACUGUAAAUACCAUUAGUGUUAUUGUAUAACAUUUUUGUAAAUAUCUCAUUUAAUCACGAUUUAGCGCUGCGUAAAUUAUCAUACAGUAACUAUAUAUGAUAUAUAAAAGUUACUUUACUUAUGGAGUAUAGUUUUCUGUUUACAUUAAACAUGUCAAAAGUUUGUAAUUAAAAGUGUAUUUUACUUUUAAAUGACGUGUCUUGAGCCUUUCACGAUCUGUAGAUCAACAUCUUUAAAAAUUUUGGCAAGUCUCUUCGAAAGCAGAACUUUGAUCAUGUUUAGAAAUGUUUUUUUUUAAUCAAAGAAACUAAUAAAUGGUUUGAUCAGUA